UAGAAAAAAGAAAAGAAGAGAAAUUUUCAAUUUGAAGUUAAAAAGGCGUAUCUAUUUUCUGCCUUUCCAUCGUUUCUAUGAGAUCAGCUGCAUUGGUUUUGCAGCUUCGUUUCUCAAUUGCCAGAGAAGAGGAAGCCGAUUAUCUCCGGCUUUGGACCUCCCCUGAACAACUUAACAACAACUAAUGGACGGAGAUUCGGAUUUGAGUCCGAAAGCUCCGUUGUUAGGAGGCUCGGUGAACGGCGGUAGUGGUAGACGCGGCCGACUCAGUCGGCGAUACUCCGUGAACUCGCUCCGGAGCGAGUUCAUUUCUAGAUUACCUGACAAACUGAGGUCUCAUCUUCAAGACGUUGAAUCUCCCUACGAAAUUGAUCUUUCCAAGUCCACUGGCUUCAGCAGAGGGGAAAAGGACUACUAUGAAAGGCAACUUGCUACUUUGAAAUCGUUUGAGGACGUCGAUUCAUUGGUGUCAUCUGAUUGCAUUGAUGAGGAAGACAUGGAAGAACGAGCUCAGCAAGAGAGGGCCAUGAAGAUCUCAAAUUAUGCGAAUAUAGUACUUCUUUUGUUGAAGAUUUAUGCUACAGUGCGGAGUGGAUCCAUUGCCAUUGCUGCAUCAACAUUGGAUUCCUUACUUGAUCUUAUGGCUGGUGGAAUACUUUGGUUUACUCACUUGUAUAUGAAGCGAGUAAAUAUUUAUAAAUUUCCGAUCGGAAAGCUGAGGGUCCAGCCAGUAGGCAUUAUUGUAUUUGCUGCUGUAAUGGCUACACUAGGCUUUCAGGUAUUACUUCAAGCUGUAGAACAACUAAUUCAAGAUAAACCUUCUGAAAGUUUAUCGUCAGAACAAUUUGUCUGGUUGUGUGCAAUUAUGACCUUUGCGACAGUAGUAAAACUUGCUCUGUGGUUAUACUGCAAAAACUCAAGAAAUGAUAUUGUGCGCGCUUAUGCGAAGGAUCAUUACUUCGAUGUGGUAACAAAUGUGGUUGGGUUAGUUGCAGCUAUUCUUGGUGAUAAGAUCUUUUGGUGGAUAGAUCCAGUUGGUGCAAUUGCCUUAGCCAUAUAUACAAUUCUAAACUGGUCUGGAACUGUGUGGGAAAAUGCAGUUUCACUCGUGGGGAAAUCCGCCCCUCCCGAAGUCCUGCAAAUGUUGACUUAUCUUGUCAUUAGGCAUCCUGAAGUCAAGCGUGUUGAUACAGUUCGUGCUUACACCUUUGGCGUCCUUUAUUUCGUCGAGGUGGACAUUGAACUUCCGGAGGAGUUGCCUUUGAAAGAAGCACACGCCAUUGGAGAGACAUUGCAAAUAAAGAUAGAAAAGCUUCCAGAAGUUGAAAGGGCAUUCGUUCACCUUGACUUUGAAUGUGAGCAUAAACCGGAGCACUCCAUCCUCAGCAGAUUCACGUCUGUUGAAUCGAACUAAAUCACACCAACGAGAUCUGAAGAAGAAACCACGAUGGUGAGAUCUAAUAAAAGAAACUCAUGACGACAAGAUUUGGGAAAGAAAGUCAUUGGUGGUUGAAUUACAGCAAACACGUCGUCGACAGCAGCAAAGUGGACAAAGGUAGAGAGACGAUGACAAGUGGAUAAAGGGAGUUGUUGAUGACGACAUGGAAGGAGGCAAUAGUUGAGUAGUGACGACGACACAAAUGGUUUCAGAAAGAAGGUUUUGUGUUGAGAGAGAAUUUUGUAGAAAAUGGUUUCAGAGGUUUUGUGGGAAAAUGAUUUUGGAAAUUGAUGGGUUUGAAACUCUAAAUUAUUAAUUGAACAUAGUUUGAAGACAAAAUUUGGUGGUGUAUAUUUAUAAAUAAACUAUAAUAUUUAUGACGC